GCCGGCCGGGUGCCCCCACCUGGAGCCGGCGGGAGGAGGAGGAGGAGGAGGAGGGCGGCACGAUGUCCUUUAGUGUGACUGGUGAAGAGGACUUCUUUUUGGAAGAAAAAAAAUUCAAGCAGUACUGUGAAGAAUUUAUUAAACAUUCACAGAAAAUAGGAGAUGGUUGGGAGUGGAGAACUAGCAAGGACUUUGCUGAUGGUUAUCUUAGUAAAACACACUUCCAAAUAGCAAAUAGAAAUGUCCCACCAGAUCUCAAGGAGAAAAACAAUGAUAACAUUGAACAAACGUUAUUUAUGCAUGUUGAAGAUUCUUUGGAUGAUUCUCAAGUAGAUGGAGUUUGUGUAACAGCAGAAGUGAUUCGCUAUGAGUAUCAUGUCUUGUACUCCAGCAGCUACCAAGUACCCGUGCUUUAUUUUAGGGCAUGCUUUUUAGAUGGUAGACCUUUAACUCUGGAUGAAAUAUGGAAAAGCGUUCACGCAUGCUACCAGGCUCGGCUGCUGGAGGGGCCCUGGGACACUAUUACGCAGCAGGAGCACCCCUUACUUGGGCAGCCGUUUUUUGUCCUACACCCCUGCCGGACUAAUGAAUUCAUGUCUUCUGUACUGAUGAGCUCACAAAAAGAGAACCGACAUACAAAUUACAUUACAUCGUGGCUGAGUAUUGUGGGCCCAGUUGUGGGUCUAAAUCUGUCUCUGAGUUACGCAAAACUAGCAUCUGAGCAGAAUACAGAUGCUGAUGUAAUUGAAAGGCCUCUGAGCUGAAGGAGAGAUUAUGAUUAGCUGAAGUAAAGCUACUGCAGGCUUUCCUAGGAAUCAAACACAGACCAAAGGAAUUCUUCCUGGGUGGUAAGCAAUACAACCUGGGAAGAUAACUAUUCAGGGCUCUUUCCUGGCAAGAACUUGCCUGGUUACAGUUGAAGACCUAAGAGUUGGCUGCAGUUGCAACAAUGACUCUCAAGUGCCACCAAGACAUGGACUCACUUGUGAUAGCAUUGACCACUUAAAGUUGCUCGUUUCCUAUCUCUGUUUUGCUGGGGUUGUGGCCUGAACAAGACUAUGGUUCCUGGAUAUAGAAUUGAAAUACUGGGUUUUGAAUCUACUAGGAAUAUCUACUAAAAAUCAUGUCUCUAGAAAAGUCUGCACUAUGUGUGAGAAUGUGUACAACAAAACACCUCUAGGUUGUUUAAGCCUGUAGCUAUCAGUGCACAGGCUGGGACUAAUUCACCUAGGGACCACCUUAUCCACCGUACUUUGACACAUAGCCCCUCUUGUGUGUUCCACAUCAGAUGCACUUUCCUGCCUGCACCAUAUACACAAUGUAUCUUGUCCCAUGGUGCUAAUCCCAGGACUGAAUAAUACUUUGCUGAGAAUAUUUUGUGUACAUCAUGCCUCAGGGAACAAACAGAAUCAAGAUUCUAGACAAAUAGAUUGCUUACAGUCUGCAUCUGACUAAGCAUGUACAGUUCUAGAGUUCAUGAUGCCUCAUGUUAUGAUAUGAGAACAUCUGGCUUUUUCCUUCUUCACUGCCUCCGAAGGAAGCUUUGCCAUACCCUGAGGGAGUUACUGUUGUAGUCAAUUAGUAUUUCUCAUUGUACCAGUAGUUGUUCGCAAGUUUAGUCCCCAUCCUGCAGCUCUUACACAAGCCUCCCCUGAUAGCUGUUGAAUUCUGAGUAAGUAGAAAUUGCAUAGUAGUGCAACCAGUAAAAAACAGAUUAGAAGUAACUUCAAAUAAGUCAUCUUGGAUUCCUUCCCAAUCACAUUUUAUUUGUAGUAUAAAACAGAAUACUAGUCCUGAGCAGUUGAGAUGGAAUUACAGAUUUUAUUUUGUAUGUUCAGCAGUAUGUCACUUGCAUACUGACUCCAAUGUGUGCCACAUCAGAGCUGGAAAUGUAAAAUGCAUAGGAUUUCAAAUUCUGGGCUUUCAGAUAUUUUGAUUGGUUGCAUAUUUUUAACUUGUAUCAUAUGUUAUUGGUGGAUUGAAAUACAGUAUAGUCUUUAAAAUUU